GAGCAGGAUAUGCAGUUUGCAAUUUGCAUGCAUGUUUGAUGAACAGGGACAGCAGUUGGAGUGUCCAAGUCUCCCUUUAGGACCCGCACUUUCCACUGAGCCAGCACAAGUAAAUCCGCCGUUGCCAGUGUCACCAUCUUUUACGCGAAAUGUUCGUCCAGAAGUGGUCGUUGUCGUUGGGCGGUUAUAUGAGGAGAACGGCAACGAGUACUUGUUGGCGGACCAGCAUGAACUUUAUCACGAGGAGGUGGUGGCGAGUUCGAGUGGUGGUGCUGUGCGAGGCGUGCGGCUCCCAGCGACGGUAGCAGCAGGCGGGCGUCAGGCACGAGGCGACCGCGGUGCUCGCGUCUCCGCUUCCUCAUGGUGGCGGCGCAGCGACCACCUUGUACAACUAUGUGUGGCAGGCGAUGUUGUGCCUGAGGAUUUGCGCAAUAGGACUUUGAGAGUGGUGGCUGAUAGAGACACAGGGAGAAGGAUGGAAGUAGAUAAUGAUGACUUGGCGGAUGGCAUUGGACAUGCGGCCCUAUUCGAAGGAUAUGCGACUUCUCUUCACUUUGAUCGGCGCCCCAUGGACACCUUUCAAGGUGAAAAAAAAAAGAAACAUUUCUUCCGGAAAGAACAACAAGCCAACCACGCCGUCCGGAAGUGCGUGUGA